AUGGGAAGAACAUGGCUGCUUUUCAGGAAGAACUUGAUAGUAUUGUGGAGAAACGGACUGGUGAAUUUGCCUCCUAUCAUAAUCCCCACGUGUGCCGGGUUCGUAUUAUUAGUGCUUCUGCAUCGUGCCCUGCAACAACAGUCUUCCAUAUCACGAGGUGGUUCGCUAUUCUCGAAUCUCACAAAAAUAUUUACACAAGACGAACAAUCACGGAAGACCUAUUUCCAUAUAACAGCUGGAAAAGGUUUAACCAAACUGCAAGUAGAAGAACUACUGUUUUUCCUAUCCAAUUUCAUGAACAGUAGUGAUGACCAUCAAGUGAUAUUUGGCUAUGACAACAACUCACAACUAAGCAGAAACUAUAACGAUACAAUCGUUGUCAAAGAUUUUGAUUAUCUCACAAAAUUCCACUACAUGUAUAGUUUCACAGAUAAUUUGCGGAUGUCUUGGGCAAGGAAUCAAUUUACAGAAGAACCAGCUAACACUACGAGUGACCCAACUUGGAAACAUCUGUUUAGAUUUCACUUGUUUCUCGCCAACAAGUUUUUAGCAUCAAAUAGAAAACAUGGAAUUCUUCCGAAUUUGUGGCAAUCAACGCAUAUUGAAACAAAUGAGCAAGAUUUAAGAAGAUGGACGAACACUUUUACAACAGUUGCUAUUCUUAUGGUUGUUCCUGCAAUGGUAUCGAGAUCCUAUGAAGUGUGUCAAGAGAAAGCUUGCGGUUUAGAGAAGCUAAUGGAGGUAAUGGGAGCGGGACAGUUCGAUUUCUAUAUUUCGCAUGCAAUGAUGUCUUUUUUAUGCGGCAUAUUUGUCCUCUUUCCCUUUGAAAUCGUAAAUGCUUUGCAUCUUUCUCAUGCUUACAACUUCCUCUUCAUGGGCGCAGCAUGUCUAUUAUUAGGACUGUCAUGUACACUUGUAUGCCUCAUCUGUUCAGCAAUCACUUCUUCACCGCUGACGUCGGUAAUAACGUCUAUUGUUGUGUUCUUAUUCUUAUUUAUUCUUGCUGUUGUAACUAAUUCUGUAGAAAGCAGAUCUGUGUGCUACUAUAUUCUGACUUUAAAUCCGUUUGCUGCAUACAAAAUGUUUGCUGGAAGUGUUGUCAACUACCACAUUCGCGGAGCUAAACCUUGGGUGACAUUCAGAACCGCUUACUAUGAUGUCAGUUCUCCGCUUGAGUUUCUUCUGUGGUUCCUGAGCAGUUCGAUGGUCAUGAUCUUAUUAUUGAUGUUGAAAGUUUUGUAUUCAUCUACUUAUUCUACGACAGAAGGGCGCAAGGGAGCAACGGGGGAUCCCGUUCGUGGGAGCGGUGAUGGAUUCUACACUGAGUGGGUAGAAGAAGAACUUCCCCCAGAUGUAGUCAUCCGAAAUCUUUCACCUCUACGUUUGCGUUUCACCGCUCGAGAUAUUCUCUUCUUCGAACCGAAAUUAGAAAUAUUUUGA